AGUGUCCCAACAAAGGAAAACAUAAAUUAUCCCAUUGAAAAAAAUAAUUUUAACCGAAUUAAUCCAAAAUUUUAGAAUUGUCAUCAAAACAACCGUUCGAUGUCACCAAUAACUUGUAUAAAAUCCUGUUGUACCCCCUUCAAUUCGACCAAAAAACGGAGUCCUUGUAAGAAAUGUUUCCUAGCGUAUCAUUCGGAAGUGAAAACAACGAAUAAUUCCAGAAAAAAAUGCGUUGCUUUGAGCCAACAGAAUUUUUCUGUAGUUUCGAUAACCGAUUCCCAUAAAUCAGGACGUCCUGAUGUUCUUCGCAAUGAUUUAAUUAUGAAAAAAUCCAUUCACAAAACCAAAAGAAAAAGGAAAACUAAAAAGAAAAAAUGCGUCAAGGGGGCGUCUUCGAGUAGCGAUGGUCAAGUGGAAAAUCGAGAAAGAAGAAAACGUGAUAAAAAAUCGAAAAUAAAUAAUUCGAUAAAGAAGCGUUCCAACGAAGAUAAAUUAAUAUAUUAUCGUGAAAAGGAAUUUAGAAAAGUCUUGGAGCACAUUUUAUUUAAAAGAAAAUUAUUUUAUUUUGAAAAUACCGUUUUCGGAAAUAAAAUCGAAUUUUUUAAUACCAUUAAUGAUGAUAACGAAGAAAAGAUUAAAAAAUCUUUUGAUAAAAUCGAUAAAAAUGAAGAAACAGUUACAGAUGUUGAAGAUAUUGACAAAAAUAACCUCGAAACUGGUGACGAAUUGAUAAAAACUGAAGAUGGAGUAACGACGGUCCGAAACGUCGAUACUAGCGAAAAGAAAAAAUCGGAUAAAAAUAUUUCUACCGAUAUUGUGAUACCUAUUGAAUUUAAAUUGGAGGAGAACGAGGAAAAUCCGCCGUUUAAUGUUAUUUUCGAUAACGAAAUUGAAAUAUCGAAAAACGAAUCACCCGGAUGUCAACCGAAAUCAAGCAAACGACUCAAGAUUCGCGUUUACGAGAAAAUCGAUAACAAACUGACGGUGCAAACAAUAGAGUACAUCGAACCCGUCGAUUUUUUGAGUAUUUCGUCCAAAAUCGAAAUUAAUAACUACACUGAGAAACUGUGCCACAGGUAUGGCAGACCCUGUAUUCGGUUUAGGAUGGUGGGCGACUAAUAACGGUUGUGGGACAUUUCUUAAGGGGAAAAAAUUAUAACAAAAUGCGUGGAAAUUAUUUACAGAAUUUUAGGUACGCCGCUAGGGGGCGUAUUUGAAAAUAUGGAAUCAAAAAAGAAAAAUUUUUGAAAAUUUAUCCACUAAAAUGGUGCUUUAUAUACCGUAAUCGAAUUAUUCGACAUGUUUUGAGCAUUUUUCAUUAUUUCGGAAGGUUUAGUGUAACUGUUCGAAUAAAAGGUAGGGGAGAGUGGGUACCUUGUCAUGAACAAAUGUUUGUAAGUCCGGUUCUGCUUGGUGUGCGUUUUUUUAUGAUAUUUGAAAGUGUUUUUGUUCGGCAGUACGAAAUAUUGGAGAAAAUCACGUGUUAGUAGCAACUCGAACAAGAUUGCGCGCACGGUUUUUUCGAAAUUUUGGGACUUGAAAUUCAAAAAAAUUUUGAGUUGUGAAUAUCUCGAAAACUAUGAAGAAUUUGAAAAAAAGGACCGGAAUAAAAAUUGUAGAGCAUGAAAUUCUCUACAAAAAAAUAUCCUAGGUAUUUUUUCCUAACCUCAAAAUUUUCGUUAUAAAAUGGGUUUGAACGGUCAAAAAUGUUUUGAAUCGCGAAUAACUCGAAAACUACGAGGAAUUCGAAAAAAAGUACUGGAACAAAAAUUGUAGAGCAAGAAAUUCUCUACAAAAAAGUAUCCUGGGUAUUUUUUCAUAACCUCAAAAUUUUCAUUAUAAAAUGGGUUUGAACGCUCGAAAAUAUUUUGAAUCGCGAAUAACUCGAAAACUAUGAGAAAUUCGAAAAAAGUACUGGAACAAAAAUGGUAGAGCAAGAAAUUCUCUACAAAAAAGUAUCCUGGGUAUUUUUUCAUAACCUCAAAAUUUUCAUUAUAAAAUGGGUUUGAACGCUCGAAAAUAUUUUGAAUCGCGAAUAACUCGAAAACUAUGAGAAAUUCGAAAAAAGUACUGGAACAAAAAUGGUAGAGUACUAAAUUCUCUACAAAAAAGUAUCCUGGGUAUUUUUUCAUAACCUCAAAAUUUUCAUUAUAAAAUGGGUUUGAACGCUCGAAAAUAUUUUGAAUCGCGAAUAACUCGAAAACUAUGAGAAAUUCGAAAAAAGUACUGGAACAAAAAUGGUAGAGUACUAAAUUCUCUACAAAAAAGUAUCCCAGGUAUUUUUUCCUAACCUCAAAAUUUUCACCUUAAAAUGGGUUUACACACUCAAAAAUAUUUUGAAUCGCGAAUAACUCAAAAGUUAUGAGGAAUUUGAAAAAAGUGCUGAAACAAAAAAUGUACAGUAUAAAAUUCUGCACAAAAAAGUAUCCCAGGUAUUUUUUCCUAACCUCAAAAUUUUCACCUUAAAAUGGGUUUACACACUCAAAAAUAUUUUGAAUCGUGAAUAACUCAAAAGUUAUGAGGAAUUCGAAAAAAAUCCUGAAGUAAAAAAUGUAAAGUACUAAAUUCUCUACAAAAAAGUAUCCCAGGUAUUUUUUCCUAACCUCAAAAUUUUCAUAAUAAAAUGGGUUUGAACGCUUGAAAAUAUUUUGAAUCGCGAAUAACUCGAAAGUUAUGAGGAAUUUGAAAAAAGUGCUGAAACAAAAAAUGUACAGUAUAAAAUUCUGCACAAAAAAGUAUCCCAGGUAUUUUUUCCUAACCUCAAAAUUUUCACCUUAAAAUGGGUUUACACACUCAAAAAUAUUUUGAAUCGUGAAUAACUCAAAAGUUAUGAGGAAUUCGAAAAAAAUCCUGAAGUAAAAAAUGUAAAGUACUAAAUUCUCUACAAAAAAGUAUCCCAGGUAUUUUUUCCUAACCUCAAAAUUUUCAUAAUAAAAUGGGUUUGAACGCUUGAAAAUAUUUUGAAUCGCGAAUAACUCGAAAGUUAUGAGGAAUUUGAAAAAAGUGCUGAAACAAAAAAUGUACAGUAUAAAAUUCUGCACAAAAAAGUAUCCCAGGUAUUUUUUCAUAACCUCAAAAUUUUCACCUUAAAAUGGGUUUACACACUCAAAAAUAUUUUGAAUCGCGAAUAACUCGAAAACUAUGAGUAAUUCGAAAAAAAGUACCGGAACAAAAAUUGUAGAGCACGAAAUUCGCCAUAAAUUGGUUUUUUGAAAUUUUUUCCUAACCUCAAAAUUUUCAUAAUAAAAUGGGUUUGAACGCUCGAAAAUAUUUUGAAUCGCGAAUAACUCGAAAGUUAUGAGGAAUUUGAAAAAAGUGCUGAAACAAAAAAUGUACAGUAUAAAAUUCUGCACAAAAAAGUAUCCCAGGUAUUUUUUCAUAACCUCAAAAUUUUCACCUUAAAAUGGGUUUACACACUCAAAAAUAUUUUGAAUCGCGAAUAACUCGAAAACUAUGAGUAAUUCGAAAAAAAGUACCGGAACAAAAAUUGUAGAGCACGAAAUUCGCCAUAAAUUGGUUUUUUGAAAUUUUUUCCUAACCUCAAAAUUUUCAUAAUAAAAUGGGUUUGAACGCUCGAAAAUAUUUUGAAUCGCGAAUAACUCGAAAGUUAUGAGGAAUUUGAAAAAAGUGCUGAAACAAAAAAUGUACAGUAUAAAAUUCUGCACAAAAAAGUAUCCCAGGUAUUUUUUCCUAACCUCAAAAUUUUCACCUUAAAAUGGGUUUACACACUCAAAAAUAUUUUGAAUCGCGAAUAACUCGAAAACUAUGAGUAAUUCGAAAAAAAGUACCGGAACAAAAAUUGUAGAGCACGAAAUUCGCCAUAAAUUGGUUUUUUGAAAUUUUUUCCUAACCUCAAAAUUUUCAUAAUAAAAUGGGUUUGAACGCUCGAAAAUAUUUUGAAUCGCGAAUAACUCGAAAGUUAUGAGGAAUUUGAAAAAAGUGCUGAAACAAAAAAUGUACAGUAUAAAAUUCUGCACAAAAAAGUAUCCCAGGUAUUUUUUCAUAACCUCAAAAUUUUCACCUUAAAAUGGGUUUACACACUCAAAAAUAUUUUGAAUCGCGAAUAACUCGAAAACUAUGAGUAAUUCGAAAAAAAGUACCGGAACAAAAAUUGUAGAGCACGAAAUUCGCCAUAAAUUGGUUUUUUGAAAUUUUUUCCUAACCUCAAAAUUUUCAUAAUAAAAUGGGUUUGAACGCUCGAAAAUAUUUUGAAUCGCGAAUAACUCGAAAGUUAUGAGGAAUUUGAAAAAAGUGCUGAAACAAAAAAUGUACAGUAUAAAAUUCUGCACAAAAAAGUAUCCCAGGUAUUUUUUCCUAACCUCAAAAUUUUCACCUUAAAAUGGGUUUACACACUCAAAAAUAUUUUGAAUCGUGAAUAACUCAAAAGUUAUGAGGAAUUCGAAAAAAAUCCUGAAGUAAAAAAUGUAAAGUACUAAAUUCUCUACAAAAAAGUAUCCCAGGUAUUUUUUCAUAACCUCAAAAUUUUCACCUUAAAAUGGGUUUACACACUCAAAAAUAUUUUGAAUCACGAAUAACUCGAAAACUAUGAGUAAUUCGAAAAAAAGUACCGGAACAAAAAUUGUAGAGCACGAAAUUCGCCAUAAAUUGGUUUUUUGAAAUUUUUUCCUAACCUCAAAAUUUUCAUAAUAAAAUGGGUUUGAACGCUCGAAAAUAUUUUGAAUCGCGAAUAACUCGAAAACUACGAGGAAUUCGAAAAACAUUCUAAAGCAAAAAAUGUACAACAUAAAAUUCUGUACAGAUUGAUCAUUAAACAUUUUUUCCUAACCUCAAAAUUUUCACGGUAAUAUGCGUUCAAGUACUAAAAUACAUUUAGAAAAAUUCGAUUUAUCGUAUAUAAAGUACGGACGUAAUUGGAUGAUAUUAAAAAAAGAUUUCUUCUUCAAUUAAAUAUUUUCAAAUACGCCCUCUAGUGGCGGAAAUGUUUCUCACUUUUAUUAUAUUAUUUUCCCCCCGGAGCUACAAUAUAAUAUCCUAUCCUGAGAUAUAGCAAACGACCGUUUUCAUUUGCCCGCCCGUGGUACAUCGAAUUAUUUUUUUUCUUUCAUUUUUUUCUAGUAAAAAAAUUUUGUCCGACGAAAAUCUCCCACGCGCGAACGACACUUUCGUUCCGCCCCGUAUAUCGAACAUAAAAUCGCGUAGCCGUGACAUUGACGGACACGAGGAGAACCGUAAAUGUCACAUAAAAUCGGAGUGUCGUCGAAAAAAAUUUCUGUCUAAGAUCAUGAUCGAUGGGAACGGGAUGUCGAAUCAAAUUUACAGUAGAGUUUCCCAUUGGAUAACCUCGAACGAUUUUCUGAGCCAGGAAAACAUCCGAGCCGAUACCGACGCGGAGACCGUCGUAUCGAACGGCAAAGUUACCGAUAUAACUUCAGGUAAACAACCC